CUGUGGGCUGCUGUUUUUUUUUUUUUUAACAUCUCCAGUUUUUAUUUUUACUGUCAAUAUUGUAACCCUGGAGCCCAUUGUGAAACAAUUGGUUUCUCAUGUUCCUUCUUACCUCUGACUUACUAUUCAAUGCUUAGCAAAGUAACAUUAUUUUUUCCUUUUAAGUUUGAAAGAAUCACCUGGUCACAUGGCAGAGGCAAGGAGGGAUAACCCGUUUUCACCUGAGUCUGACCCUUUUGUCACCAAUUCAUUUCCUGCUGGUCUGUGUUUCUCCACUGCCCACAGAAGAGAAAGAGGUGUGGUUCCCUAAUUCCUGGAGGAGGAAGAAAAGGACUGUCAAGGUCAGACGCUGCUGUGUCACUGGAGGCUACAGGAGUCACCCGCCAAACCAGAGUGCGAACUGCAAACCUCUGUUAUCACAGAGCCAAGGCAGUGCUGACUCCACCUCUCCCAGGCUGUAGACAGCUCACAGAUACUACUGAACCACACUCAGGAGGGGACACACUCUGCCUUGGCUCCCAACUCUGCAGACGGAGAAUAACACACACAGUCCUUGGAAACAACGCAUCACUGUGGCUGUUCUCUGUGCACACCCUGUGGGCCUUGUAGAGGAGGCUGGCCCUGUGGUGAUGGGAGAGAAGGGUCGCCUAAGCCGGGUGCUGUUGGAGUGCAGUCUCAGUGACAAGCUGUGUGUUGUUCAGGAGCAACAGUAUGAAGUCAUCAUUGUUCCAGCUCUCCUGGUUGGUGGCUUCCUCAUCCUUCUUGCAAUCAUCCUAUGGCUAUUUAUCAGAGGACAGAGAUCUCAAAGGCAGCGCCCUGGACCUCGGAGUACUGCCUCUGCAGCUGCAUCUAGUGACCUAAGGCAGGAGGGAGCAGGUCAAGGAGAAAAAGUGCUCCUGCCACUUAAGGAGACCUCCUCUGUGGAGAGUUUUCUACAAGCAGCCACACCUCAGUUGGCUAAGCUUCAGGUGCCCAGGGAACAACUCUCAGAUGUUCUGGGAAAGAUCCACAGUGGCAGUUGUGGGACCCUCUAUCACGCCAUGAUGACCACCAGAGGCGACCCCAAGCCAAAGAGUGUUGUCCUCAAGGUUUUAGAAGAACCUACUGGACUCCAGGAGGUCCAGGAUUUCAUAGGGCGAAUCCAAUUCUAUCAAUACCUGGGGAAACAGAAGAACCUGGUACAGCUGGAAGGAUGCUGCACAGAAAGGCUGCCCCUGUACAUGGUGCUGGAGGAUGUGGUCCCCGGAGAUCUGCUCAGCUUUCUCUGGACCUGUCGCAGGGAUGUGAUGACCAUGGAUGGCCUGCUUUACGACCUCACAGAAAAACAAAUAUAUCACAUCGGAAAGCAGGUCCUUCUGGCCCUGGAAUUCCUGCAGAAUAAGAAUCUGUUUCAUGGGGAUGUGGCCGCCAGGAACAUCCUGAUCCAGAAUGACCUGACUGUUAAACUCUGCCGACUGGGCCUGGCUUAUGAAGUCCAUACCCAAGGGGCCAUCUCCUCGGCUCGCAUCAGGACUAUCCCUCUCAAGUGGCUUGCUCCAGAACGGCUUCUCCUGAGACCUGCAAGCAUCAGAGGAGAUGUCUGGUCCUUUGGGAUCCUGCUUUAUGAGAUGGUGACUCUAGGGGCACCACCAUACCCUGAAGUCCCCCCCACUAGCAUUCUACAGUAUCUCCAGAGAGGGAAAAUCAUGAAGAGACCCAGCAGCUGCACACAUGCAAUGUACAACAUUAUGAAAAGCUGCUGGCACUGGAGUGAGAACAGUCGCCCCUUGCCUGGAGAGCUGCUCUUGCGCCUAGAAGCUGCCUCUAGAUCUGCAAAUGACAAGGCUGUGUUGCAAGUGCCAGAGUUAGUGGUGCCUGAGCUGUAUGCAGAUGUGGCUGGCAUCAGAGCAGAGAGCUUUUACUACAGCUACACCACUAUCCUUUAAAGAUGUCCUCAGACAAGUGACUUGGAAUCAGUUUCUUCAAGAACAGAGGGAAGGAACUUUCUAUGGGCCACAAAGGGAGAAAAAGGACAUGGAUCCCACAUUUUCCCCUAUACAUUUUCCUGGAAAUAUAAAAUGCUGCUGGACAAGGCUCUACCUCUACACACCAUGUAGUCUUGAACUAAGACUCACCAUCAAUCUGUCUGCCUCCCAGUCCAGAGGACCUGGGUACAAGUGGUGGACAGUGCCAUUCCCAAGGAGAUUUUAAAAAUCUACAAUGACUGUUGGGGGAUAGGGCAAAAGGGCUGGCCCCACCCAUCCCAGCCUGCUUUACUACUAAAAAGUUUUUUUUUUAAAUCUAAACUAUUACAGAGUAUAAAUAAUCAGAUGGUAUGAAUGAAUAGAACUCAACAUAGGAACUCGUGAGAAAGAAAAUUCAAGGUUCUUUUUCCUGAGAAGUGUAAGGUAAAUCAAAAGCUCCCUCAAGAAGAGAUCUUGUCUCUUCUACAUUGAGGAGAUGUAAAAAUUGUUUAGUCCUAGUCCAGUCAUGAAGAAUUGGAGAAGAACUAUAAGAAACAAUACUGAGUUUUUCCUUGAUUACAGAUUGAACUUUUUAUUGAACUCUGAGACAGGUGGACCCUGUUUGAAACUAUGUUUUAUAAGAAGCAGGAGUCUUUUUAUGGUUAUUAAGAACUUUGUUCAUCACAUUUGCUUGCUAGUCCUGCUAGACUAAGAAGAGUAAGUCUAAAGAACCAAAGGUAGAACUAGUGUGUGGUGUGUGUGUGGUGUGUGUGUGUGUGUGUGUGUGUGUGUGUGUGUGUGUGUGUGUGUGUGUGUAGUAGGAAG